AUGACCAAAGACCAAGAAUCUGCUGCAUCAGGAAGCAAAAACGAUGCUUCCGAUCCCUUUUUCAUUCACCAUUCCGAUCAUCCUGGCAUGGUUCUUGUUUCCAAAAUCCUUUAUGGAAACAAUUAUGCGAAAUGGUGUCGCUCUAUGCGCAUCUCCCUAAGCGCGAAGAACAAAUUAGGGUUCGUGAAUGGGACAAUCAAGGCCCCUUCGGAGAAAACUAAGCCUGAGAGUUUUGAGGUUUGGCAACGUUGCAACGACAUGGUUUUAUCUUGGCUGCUCAAUUCGAUAGAACCAGAUAUUGCAGAAAGCGUGUUAUACUCCUCCACCGCACAAGAGAUUUGGGAGGACCUUAAAGAACGUUUUUCCCAACUUAACGCUCCUCGUAUUUUCGAGAUACAACGCACCAUAGCUUCCUUCUCACAGGAGCAGAUGUCUGUUGCUGUUUAUUAUACCAGGAUGAAGAGUUUGUGGGAUGAGCUGUCUUCUUACAGCGAUGUCCCAGCUUGUUCUUGCGGUGCCAUGAAGAAGCAUGUCGAACAGGAGGAACGAAACUCGUUGAUGCAGUUCCUUAUGAGGCUUAAUGAGUCCUACAGCGCCAUUCGAGGCCAGAUACUUCUUAUGAAGCCUCUCCCUAUGGUUCGCAAGGCUUAUUCUUUGAUCACCCAGGAAGAAAAGCAGCGUGACUUGGGUUCCAGCCAAGCAAUCACCGAACCAGAAGCUAUGGCGGUUCGAAACAAUCUGCGUUCAAAUUCUUCUGGGCGCCAACCUCUUCACUAUAGCCAUUGCGAUCGGGAUCAUCAUACAGUGGACAAGUGCUACAAGCUACAUGGCUAUCCCCCUGGACACAGGCUUCACAAAUCUGGGAAAGGCAAAGGGAAAGUUAGCAGCGGUUCCGCCAAUAAUGUGGCCUCCAAUGGUCCAUCCUUGCAGGAGAUUCAUACAGCUAUGCCAUCUUUAUCCGAGGAUCAAUGUAAGAAAAUUCAUGCCAUGAUGAGUGACAACACUAAUCCAUCUCACGUUGCACCACAAGCCAAUACCGCCUUAACUUCUUCAGGUAUUUCCGAAUUGUUACCCAAUUUACAUUGGAUAAUUGAUAGUGGAGCAACUCAUCAUAUUACAUCGAAUUUGAAAUUACUUACCAAGAGGAUGAGUACUUCCUCUAUGUUGCCAGUCACUAUGCCUAGUGGAGAAACAGCACCAAUUGCGUCUACUGGGACUCUUCCUUUGAACUCUUAUUUUUAUUUACAAGAUGUGUUAUGUGUGCCUACAUUUAAAGUUAAUCUGAUGUCCACGAGGACGACGAUUGGUUUAGGUAAGGAGCGUGAUGGACUCUACUACCUUGUGGCGUUGGCGUCUGAUAGAACACCAUCCACCACCCGACCUUCCUGUCACCUGAACAAGGCACCAUUUAUCAACAUUCUUGCAUCUACACACCCCAACAAAAUGGUGUUGUCAAACGUAAGCAUCGCCAUAUUCUUGAGACCGCACGUGCUUUGCGAUUUCAAGCACACUUGCCUCUCCGUUUUUGGGGGGAAUGCAUUCUCACUGCCAUUCAUUUGA